AUGCUGUUUGUGCGACUUCAAGUCCGUCCGCUUAUAUCUUGUGCGGCUAAGAAUUCUUCAGAAACUCUUUGUGGGAUCAAAGAGAUCAUCCCGACACAUGAAAACAUUUACACGAUUCCAAACCUUUUGACCUUUGGUCGCUUACUAUCUGCACCUUAUAUUGGACAUUUGAUUAUACAACACGACUAUAACCUAGCAUUGGGAAUAUUUGCAUUGGCAGGAUUUACUGACAUGUUGGACGGGUGGAUUGCACGUCGAUACAAUCUGAAAACAGUAGUUGGUAGCAUCAUCGAUCCCGCAGCAGACAAAGCCUUGAUGACAGUCAUGACAAUAACAUUGGCUAUGGAAGGUGUCUUACCAGUACCUUUGGCCACUCUUAUUCUCGGUAGAGAUGCAGGCCUCAUAUUGGCUUCUUUUUAUUACCGUUACAUCUCUCUACCUCAACCCAAAACGUUGGUGCGUUAUUUUGAUUUCUCCAUACCUUCUGCAGAAGUAAGGCCAACCAUGAUCAGCAAAAUCAACACAGCCCUUCAGCUCUUACUCGUUGGAACUUCUCUGACAUCAAUUACCAUGGGACUACCAAGUUCUGAGAUUAUGACGGCCAUGCAUUGGGUGGUGGGCGGUACAACUAUUUGGUCAGGUGCAAGUUAUAUUUACACCAAAGAUGCUGUUCGAAUCCUCAAUAAGCACAAGCUUUGAUAACUUGAGAUUAUCCUUUUGUAACCAUAGCAUAUACAUAUACACAAAUCCAAAUACAAAUCCAAAUGCAUAUACAAAUACGCGCAUAAACAUAAUUAUGUUUGUAUAUAUACAGUUGACUUUCUCUUGGCACAAAGGGUAUGAAAGAUGCAAACACUUUAUAUAUGAAGCAUAUCCUAUAACACAACCACAUUUCCCUUCUUCCUUUUCUCUAUCUUUUUCAUUAUUUUGUGAGCUUCCCUUUUGAACUCUUUUAAUUCUUGUAUUCUUCUUUUUACCUUGAUCUAUAGCUUUCUAAUAAAUAUCUAUGUAGAAACAAG